UAGGAUGACCAGGACGUAUGAAACUCAGAAACAUGGAGAACCAUCAAUGUGUAAGACUCAGUGUGGUUGUUCACAGCCCUGGCUGUGCCAGGAAACUCUAAACAUUAAAUCAGGUCAGGAUCUAGGCUCCAGCACAGACCAAUGAAAGCGAGUGGACUCAAACUUAUGUGUGUCAUUGGUCUCAACCUCACUGAAGUGAUUCUGAUUAUCUCUGUCGGUGAGAGCUGAGAACUGCAGGACAUAGGUUCAGAAGGACAAGGAACACCAACGCCUCUGGCAUGUCCACCAGAAAUAUUAUUUAAGUAGAGAGUUUUGGAAUUCUGGAGUUCCAUGUCUUGUCCACCUUACUCCCCAACCCACCACACAGACCUAUAUGGGUCUUAAUUUCAAGGGAAAUUAAGGGGCUGGUCUCUAAGGAACCAUGAAGAGCCCUGGCUCUCUAUCUGAAAUUGCUAGAGGGAAAGUGGCCUUUUCUUAGGGCCAAGGAAGGAGUAUUGUUAAGAGGAUUGUAGAGUCCCAGAGAGAAGAGCUUUGAAUGGCAAGGACAAUGGCUUUUUAAAAGACCCAGGCUUUGUUUUAUUCAUUUAGAAGAGACCAGAGGAGACUAAGAAGACCAGAGUCUUGAUUAAGCCACCCAUCCAUUAGCCAGUUAGUUGUGGGGUGGGCAGACUCUGAAGGAAGGAGCUCAUGUUUAGGGGUUGACUCAUGUCAGGGAUUCUAAGUGAGGCUGGACUUCAGACGCAGCUUAAAUUGAACCAGGGAACUUGGAAGAAAACCAGAGAGUGAAGGUGAAGGAGAUGGCUCAGAUUUGGACAAGGCAGAGGUGAGCCAGCAGGACAGCAGCUGGCUUUCCUGAGUAGGGCCAGGGGAACAAAGGAGAGAAUCAGGGAGUCAGUCAUGCUAAGAGAAGAUAGACGGGGAAAUAGCCACUGCAGGCCUAUGGCUUUCAGCAUCAAUCCUGCAACAUCCUUUCUACAAGGGAGCUCUUGGUGUGCUCUCUGAUGCAAAUACAGUGAGCUGGCCUUUGGAAACAGCAUAAAUCUACCCAAUUAAGUGAAUUGUUGGAGAGAAAUCCAGUGUUAGGCUGAGCAGGAGUCAGGGAGGAGCAUGUCUUAGUUCCACACCUCUCAGGAGACUCAGAGAGGACAGAGGCUCUGGCCAGGUCCAUGUUCAAAGGCCCCACCUGCUUAUUGGGUAAUUUUGGGGGGUUCUCUAUUGGAGUAGGUACUACGAGACUGGCAGCAUCCGGCCUGGAGUGAUAGGGGGCUCCAAGCCCAAGGUGGCCACCCCCAAGGUGGUGGAGAAGAUAGGGGACUACAAGCGGCAGAACCCUACCAUGUUUGCUUGGGAGAUCCGGGACCGGCUCUUGGCAGAAGGCGUUUGUGACAAUGACACUGUGCCCAGUGUCAGCUCCAUCAACAGAAUCAUCCGGACCAAAGUGCAGCAGCCAUUCAACCUCCCCAUGGACAGCUGCGUGGCCACCAAAUCUCUGAGCCCAGGACACACACUGAUCCCCAGCUCAGCUGUCACACCCCCAGAGUCACCCCAGUCGGAUUCCUUGGGCUCUACCUACUCUAUCAACGGGCUCCUAGGAAUUGCUCAGCCUGGCAGUGACAACAAGAGAAAGAUGGAUGAUAGUGACCAGGACAGUUGUCGACUGAGCAUCGAUUCCCAGAGCAGCAGUAGUGGUCCUCGAAAGCAUCUUCGUACAGACACCUUCGGGCAGCACCACCUCGAGCCGCUCGAGUGCCCGUUUGAGCGGCAGCAUUACCCGGAGGCCUAUGCCUCCCCCAGCCACACCAAAGGCGAGCAGGGGCUAUACCCACUGCCCUUACUCAACAGUACCCUGGAUGACGGAAAGGCCACCCUGACACCUUCCAAUACACCUCUGGGACGCAACCUCUCAACUCACCAGACCUACCCUGUGGUGGCAGAUCCUCAUUCACCCUACGCCAUAAAGCAGGAAACCCCAGAGCUCUCCAGUUCUAGCUCCACCCCUUCCUCUUUAUCUAGCUCCGCCUUUUUGGAUCUGCAGCAAGUCGGCUCUGGGGGCCCAGCAGGUGCCUCGGUCCCACCCUUCAAUGCCUUUUCCCAUGCUGCCUCCGUGUAUGGGCAGUUCACGGGCCAGGCCCUCCUCUCAGGGCGAGAGAUGGUGGGGCCCACGCUGCCUGGAUACCCACCCCACAUCCCCACCAGUGGACAGGGCAGCUAUGCCUCUUCCGCUAUUGCAGGCAUGGUGGCAGGAAGUGAGUAUUCUGGCAAUGCCUACAGCCACACCCCGUACGCCUCCUACAGUGAGGCCUGGCGCUUCCCCAACUCCAGCCUGCUGAGUUCCCCAUAUUAUUACAGCUCUACAACAAGGCCAAGCGCACCGCCCACCUCUGCCACGGCCUUUGACCAUCUGUAGUUGUCAUGGGGACAGUGGGAACAACCAGGCAACAGGAGGACUUGGCCUGAGACGGGCCCCAGAGAGUCACACAAAGGAAUCUUUAUUUAUUACAUGAAAAAUAACCACAAUUCCAGCAUUGCCGCUCACUCCCUGUGUGGUCAAUUAAAUGAACCAUGAAAGUCAGGAUGACCUUGGGGAAGGCCAAACUGUCCUCCAAGAGUCAUUUCGUGAGUGACAGGAGUUCCAGGAACCAAGAACCAUCCAUUUCAAAAGAGUCACGGAGGAGAAAUGGACCAAGGCUGGUACCCACCAAGAGAAAGAAACAGGAUUUGCAAAGAACUUAGAGGGUGUACAGGGCCACCUGUGUGGUCUUCAUCACUACAACUCCAGCAAUUAUGGACAGUAAGCAAGUCCUUCUGGCCUAGAGUCAUGGCCUAGGGCCAAGGCUCUACUUAUCAGUUAUCCUGGGAGUUACCACCUCUACCACCUGAUGGGCACUUCUCUGGGGAUUCAGCUGACCUCCCACUUCCAGUUGUUAUGAGCCUACAAACACCCCCUAGCCUCUCAACUAGUGGGCUACCCCUUUGGCAGCAAUGAACCUGUCCCCUGGAAAAUUCAGUGAGCACAGGAAGACACAAUAGAUGGGACUGGCCAUGUCCUCUUCUCAACAGCCCUGCCAACUCAAGUGUGCUUUCUGCAGCUCCAGCCCUCACGAGUCACUGAAGAGACCCCGAGGCCAGCAACAAGAUUCCCUCUCUGGCUCCCCAGCUCUUUCCCCCACACAACCUUACUGUAAAUACCGUAAAUGAAGCUCUGUUUCGGUCAAGCUUCCCUCUUUCCAUCCCCCAGACCUUGGCUUCUAAAAUGUCUCCCUACUAUGUUGGGCUUUUCUCCUUGAUUUUUUUUUUAAAAAAGACAACCCAUCAUUACCAUAUGACUCAAUAAACCAUUACUCUUGGUCUCAG